AUGGCGGAGAUUUCGUAUCUUACCCAGAGGGAGGCAGCGGAGAUCGACGAGGUUCUCAUGGGGCCUCUUGGCUUCAGCGUCGACCAGUUGAUGGUCCGUUUUCUCACCUCAUCCAAAUUACUGCCUCUCCCACUCCCUCUCGUUUGCUAUCCUUUGUAGAUAAACAACUGCCAUUCAGUCACGUGUGAUGAAUUGACCCGCAGGAAUUGGCCGGAUUGAGUGUUGCAAGCGCCAUAGCCGAGGUUAUGCAUUGGUUUGCCUUGACUCCUAUCGCUCCUGUCUUCUGCUAAUUGACAACUUUAUUAAUAUAAUUCGUCCAGAAAAGCUUUAAUAUAUUCUCUUUAUGUUUAUACCUGCUUCCAGUGAUGAAUAUAACCAUUAAAUUAUUUUUUCUGUAAAAUUAGAAACCAUGGUGCAUAUUGAAGGGACAUUUUUUUCCACUGGCAAUGGUAAAGGUCUGAUUGAAGUGCAUCAAUAUAAGGUGAUAUUUGGAAGCAGUCAGGGAGUGAAUCCGUGCUUCCUCAUCCUCAAGAACCUUGCGUCAUAAUAGGCUUCUUGGACCCGAACUGAGCUCUUCAAGAAAUAAUAGAUAUCUCAUGAUCCCCAUCGAGCCUCCCAUGGUAGAAUGGUGAGAGUAAAGAGAAGAAGAUCACAAUUUGCCCUGCGCUUCAUCUUUAUGAUUCUUUCGGAAAAUCCUCUCCAGCCCAUUAGCUUGUCAUCACAGGAUGCAAAGUGUCUAUUGUGGUCAUUGUGAUGUCUAAACUAGAAAUGCCUUCAUUCUGCUUUUGCUUCCUCCUUGAGAAUGGAACAAGGGGUUCAUUUCACAAGUGCCCUCCUAUGUUUGUAAUAAAGUAUGACUUAUCUGAAAUAUGUGCUUUGUUUUUCCACCCACUCAAGAACUGCUGGUAUUCCAUUUGGGUUCAUAUGAUUUGAUGACCCUCAAAUAUAAAUUAUAAGAUUUGUAAUACGAAGAAAGGUAUAGUGAUUGUGUUAGUGGACAGUUUAGCUAUGCCUCUGAUUUGCGUUGGCACUCUAGUUUGAAGUUUUUUCUAAAAAAAUUCGUCCCAUCUCCUUGUUGUGUAGCCCAUCUACUUCAGAAGGAUAUCCACGAAGUUCAAAAACUAUUUAGCAAUCGCAUUACUUGGACUUCUUGGACAUUUCUUGCCCCAACUUUUAUAUCCACUCUACCCCCUAAAACACCACAGUUUUAGGGGGUAGAGUGCAUUGUUUAUUGUUAAACAAUGUCAGAGUCAGAUGAAUAACAGUUUUGCUUUGUUAAUGUGCAUUGUUUAUUGUUAAACAGAAUAUGAGUAUGCUGGAGUAGAAAAAAAAUUGACAAGUUGGAUAAACAUAACUUGGAAGCAGUGUUUUCUUUAUUUAACUUAUUGAUAUCCCUUUCUCUCCAAAUUUCUUGUGACAUUUCAUAUAAAAGGGCUGGUCUUUAUUUCCAACGCUCUGAUGUAUCUUUUCUGAUACUAAAUUAUUUUUUUGCAUUCGAAAUUUAGCUGAAACAAUUAAAUUUCCGUUAGGAAAUGCGCCUGCAGAAAUAGUCUGUAACAAGAAAAUGCUAUCAUACAUCUGCUAAAUCACCUCUAGGUUUCUAAAUUAGUGUCAUAUCCCCUUGUCAGGACAGUUAUCAUCUAAUUGAUUUAGUUGUUAGACGGAAAAUUGAUUCAUGAAAGAGGCUCUGUAAGAAUAAUUGGUAACCAGAACCUGUUGGACUACUCACACCAAACUAGCACAAGUAUGUUAUUUUUCGAUCUCAUCCCAUUUUUCUCUUCCAAAACUCUCCAGAUCUUCAUCCGUUUAGAUAUUUGACUUCCGAGAAUCUGAGGUAUUUAAAAUGCUUAAGUUAAAGGCUGCUGUUUGUCAGGUGUAUAAAAGCAACGAAUAUAGCCGCAUACUUGUGAUCUGUGGUCCGGGAAAUAAUGGUGGUGAUGGCCUGGUAGCUGCACGGCAUUUGUAUCACUUUGGGUAUGAGCCAGUUGUUUGUUAUCCUAAGCGUACGCCCAAGACUCUCUACACAGGAUUGGUUACCCAGGUAAAUGUCAUUGUAUAACACAAACUGGAAACUUACCUAUGUUAUGUGCCAUAAUCGUUUUAACAUUUUGAAGUUAGGAGCACUAUCAGUUCCAUUCUUGUCAGUGGAAGAGCUGCCUCAGGAUUUUUCAACUGAUUUUGAUGUCAUUGUUGAUGCCAUUUUUGGAUUCUCGUUUCAAGGUAGGACUCUCAUUUCCUUGUUCUUAUAAUUAAGAGAAGUUGUCUUUUCAGCGUUUUGUUUCACUUGUGUAUGAUAAUCAUUAUACUUUUUUGUUAACGUUAACACCUUAGAAUGUCCAGAAAAUGAGUUUGGAAACAUUGGAACUACAAUUAUAACCUAUUGUCAUCCAAAUGGACUUUUCUCAUUCACUUGAAAUAUUGCCUUUUGGAAAUCCCAGGCUCCCCAUGAAGUAGAACUUCAGAUGCAUCUGAUGUGCUAACUUCUGGCUUACCAAUUUUCUGGAGCCAAAAUUUCGAAUGUUUUGUGCCGAUUAAUGUUCUAACAUGAACUUUGGUGUAAGAUGGUAUCUAAAAGAUUUGUGUGAUAAUCUAUAAGGCUCAAGAGUUUUUAAAGAGAUCCUCGGACAAUGUCUUGGAGAUAUGCGGAUUCUUGUGGCUCUAUCCACCUAGAGACCUUGAAAGUAAACAUAUUACUAGUUCCGGAAUAUAUGACCUAUAGCCACUCUAGAGUAUUGUCAUAUCUGCGCCUGAUCUUGAUUACCGACUGUAAAUUGUAUGCAUCUGAUAUCAAAAUGCGCUGUUAAAGUUGCCAUGUUAUUAACAUUUUAAGUACUGUUAGGAAUUGGUUAAAUUUUAUGAUCUGGGUCAAAAAUAAGUGCAGCCAAAACCAGGGUUUAAUCUAAGGCUAAUUCAGAUUACUUACAGAAUAUAGGCGUACUAUUUUAAAAGGAUUAAUUAUAAUGAUGGCUGUCCUUGUUGAACUAUGAUUAAGUGCUAAGCUAGAAAUUUACAGACCUGCAACAGAGAAAAAAGACCUACAGUAGAAUGCCUAAAACUUUUGUUGUUAAAUUUUUUGGUAUCUGUAAAUUUUUUGGUUCAUUUGUUAUGCCCGUAAUGCUAGGAAUUAGUCAUGGACGAAGGUAGAAAGGUCAAGAAAUAUUUAACUUGUUUGUUCAAGACAGAAUGGAGAAGUGGUUGUUUAUUUCUACCAUACUUUUCGGUGUCCUAGCUAAUGGGCUAAUGGUGGUAGUCUCAGUGGAGGUCGAGGAAUUUCAAUUUGGAUUAAUGGGGCUGGAUAGGCCAUUUCUGAUCUAAAUCGGGUCUGGAUGUGAUUGGGCGGGUCAAGUCGUUGGAUGGAGAGGCACCGCAUCCUAUAAUGGCUUCUGUUCAAAUGAAAAAAUUGAUUAGUAACAGUAAAAAUUCAAAAAAAUAAAUUAUGAAAAAUCAGAAAAAUAUAAGAUACAAUAAUUAGCUAGGAACUUGAAAAAUGUGGAAGGCCAUAAUUCUCUCUUAAAAAUAAUGACGUAGAAGAGAAGGGUUAUAACAAUAUACCAUUUAAUCUUUUGUUAACAUUUGUUUCAGAAAACAAUAGUGGAAACAGUAUGUGUUUUAUGGAGCAGAUAAUCUUCAGGUGGAAAUCACCUGCAGGAAAUAAUACCUUAUGAAGGUUUGUCUGGUCGGCCUUUGGGCCAGCUGAACUGGGAAGAUCAAUCAUACAUUGUUCGAUCUCAGUAUGUUUAGCUUAAAUUAGUGCCUUUUAAUAGGAGAUUGGAUUUCCUUGUAGGCAGAUGGGCUAUGUCUGAUUAAGAUUGGAAUUAACCUGUGUUCCUUCCAUGCCAAUGGCUCUACUGCCACCAUUUGAUCUUUGGGCAGGUUUUAAUACCACUUGUGCUUUGGAUCAACAUUCGAAAAGAGUCAUCACAACCUCCUAUGUUUUCGCAUACUUGUUUUAUUUUGGUAAUGAUUAUCUAUACAUCUGUUUAUUGUUAUCAUAAUCUGCAUUCUCAGGUCGUUAACCAACUUGCCAUUUUUUUUUGCCUACCCUGUUCAGUACUCGAUGUAUAGGGAUCAGUAUAAAUAGCAAAUAUGUAGUAAUAUCGGAGCAAUUUUUUCUGUAUGUGUGACAAACUUUUAUCGUGUAUCUGUCUCGUUGACUAAGCAACAUUUUCUUUGGGUUGCAUAGGCAAGCCUAGGCCACCCUUCGAUGAUCUUGUCCACAGGCUCAUUUCCUUGAACAAUCUCAGCUCAACAGCUGAGAAGUCACCGGCCAUUGUUUCUGUGGAUAUUCCCUCUGGAUGGCAUGUUGAAGAAGGAGAUCUAGAUUCUGAAGGAGGGAUUAAACCUCAUAUGUUGGUGAGUUUUUUGCUUUCUUAUAUUAUUCUUGAAUUUCUUAUGCAUGUAUCAGUAUCCAGUUAGACAUUUUCACCUUAUAUUCACCCUUAUCUAGGUAAAAUUAUUUAGCAUUUUCAAAUUCAUCAUAUGACGGUGCAUGUACCGUGUUUAGUAUUGAUCCAGCUGUGGUUUUAGGUGUCAUUGACAGCUCCAAAGCUCUGCGCAAAGAAAUUUACCGGGCCUCAUCAUUUUCUAGGCGGCAGAUUUGUCCCUCCACCCAUUGCCAAUAAGUAUGGUCUUCACCUACCGCCAUACCCUGGUACUUCCAUGUGUGUCAGGAUUGGUGAGCACCUAGCUCUUGAUGUGUCAGCCAUGAGACAGAAUUACAUUUCACCAGAAUUUCUUGAGGAUCACGUAUUAGCUGACCCUAUAGAACAGGUAUGACAUAUUUCUUGAGGAUCGUACUAGAUUUCUACUAUAUUAAGAAUUAUACUUGAAGAUCUAUCAAUGCCAAAGUAGGCAAGGUUUACUAUUGACAUUCAUACAAGAUCUAUCAAUGCUCUCUUGCAGUUCCGUAAAUGGUUCAAUGAUGCAGCUACUGCUCAAGUGAGGGAACCAAAUGCCAUGGCCUUGACGACCGUCGACAAGGAGGGAAAACCGUAUGUGGUUGAUGUGACUUUGUUCUUGUAUUUUUCUGUCUAUGAUUCGGAUUAUAAUUUUUACUAAAAUGACAUUUUAUUUUCGUAAUUAUUUAUGAGAUAUCUUUAUUUUGCAGGUCUUCAAGGAUGGUCUUGCUAAAAGGAUUUGAUGAAAACGGCUUUGUAUUGUCAGUGGCAUUAUUUAUUCAUAAUCAGAUUAUUGAUCACAAGUGACUAGUCUAAGUCCGGCACCUGAUUCGUAUGCCCAUCCUUUGUAAUCUUCAGGUAUACUAACUAUGAAAGCCGAAAAGCGCGUGAGCUGUCUGCAAACCCUAAUGCAUCACUUCUUUUUUACUGGGACCCACUCAAUCGCCAGGUAACAUUGCUUGAAUCACCACAACUUUUCCUUAUUUAUUCCUGGCUUUUAUAAAAAAUUUAUGAAAUUGAAAUUCAUUUUCCGCUGCCCUCAUUACUAAUUUUGUGAACGAACUAAAGACAUUAUUCAUGCCAUAAAAAGAGAAUGAUAUUUCUUUCCAUAAAAGGCUGAAUACUUUAGUCGCCCGUUUCUCAUUCAUGCCAUAAAGUGCCUUCCAUAUUUAUCUAAAUCUGUACAUGUACAUGUGUGUGUGUAGGUGGGCUCGUACCCUAGAGAGAGAGAGAGAGGGAGAGGGAGAGGGAGAAAAAGGGAGAAAAAGAGAGAGAGAGAGAGCCUGAUUUUCAUGAUGUGGCAGCCUUGACCCUGAUUACUGUUUGAUGAGCUUGUUGUGACCACUUGUUUUUUUCAUGAAAAGCAUCUUCCUCUGUCCCCAUUACUAUACCAUAAAUAGUCAAUCAAUACCAUGAGAAUGGUUCCAUUGAGCUUACUGAGCCCCAAUACAGUGGACAGAGUUUAAUGAAUCUGAUUAUAUUAUGAAAAAUAUUCGAUAAUCUGCUCUAAGACAAUCUCCAUGAAUAGUAACAUUGUAUCAUUGCAUAUAACAGGUGAGAAUCGAAGGCACAGUUGAGAGAGUUCCUAAAGAGGAAUCCGAGGCAUAUUUCCACAGUCGCCCGCGUGGAAGCCAGAUCGGAGCUAUCGUCAGCAGACAGGUGCGUUUAUUUUCUUCAUGCGAGAAUCUAGAAGAAGAUAUGGUCGGAUGCAUGAAUGGAGAACUCAUUAAGAAGUGCGGGUUAUUUUACCAGAGUAGUGUUGUUGCUGGGAGGCAUUUACUUCACCAGGCGUAUACGGAGCUGCAAGAUAAAUACGCUGAUGGGUUAGUUUUUGUUGCCUGAUAUAUAUAUAUAUAUAUAUAUAUAUAUUAUCGGGCAUCAGUGUUUAUAAUGUUUAUGGGUCAGAAAUGCAUUUUAUUUCAUCAACCGUUCUCUGAGUUCUAUGCUGUUACAUUUGUUUUGAGAGAGAGAGAAACAGGGGGGAGAGGAGAGGGAGAGGAAGAGAGAGAGAGAGAGAGAGAGGGAGAGAGAGAGAGAGAGAGGGAGAGGGAGAGGGGGAGGGAGAGAGAGGGAGAGGAGAGAGAGAGAGAGAGAGAGAGAGAGAGAGAGAGAGAGAGAGAGAGAGAGAGAGAGAGAGAGAGAGAGAGAGAGAGAGAGAGAGAGAGAGAGAAAGGGAGAGGAAGAGAGAGAGAGAGAAAGAAAGGGAGGGAGGGAGAGAGAGAGAGUAAGAAAGAGAGAGAGAGAGAGAUGGAGAAAAGGAGGGAGAAAGGGAGAGAGAAAGGGAGAGAGAAAGGGAGAGAGAGGGAGAGAGAGAUGGAGAAAGGGAGGGAGAAAGGGAGAGAGAGAGAGAGAGAGAGAUGAAAAAGGGAGGAGAGAAAGGGAGAGAGAGAGAGAGAGAUGGAGAAAGGGAGGAGAGAAGGGAGAGAGAGAGAGAGAGAGAGAGAGAGAGAGAGAGAGAGAGAGGACUCUUCUGCUUAUGAUUCUAUGUUAUUCUAGGCUAUAGUUCAUGGGGAAGACGAUUCUAAAUUAGCCUCUUUCCGGAAAAAAAAUAAAAUCAAGACCAGAUAUGUGGUUUGAAUGCAGUCCAUCUUCUUGGUUAUGAGGCCCAUCCACAGUAGAUGAUUCAACCCAAUUCAGAGAUCCAAGAUCCUCUCAUUCACUGAAACCCACACUUUGUUGACUAAGUUGGCUGCCGGAUCUUCACAGUAACCAGAGCAGCUCCCAAGCUGAACGCCGUUGACUUUCCAGAUUUGUUUGACCUAUUUAAAUGGAUAAGGGAGGAUCAUUUCCCCUCCAGAUUUGCUAGAAACAUGUUCGAUUCUUCCAUUCUCUCUCACUAAAAACUCCCCAUUAUUUCCCAUUCUUGUCUCUCAUCUUUCUCUCUCUAAAACCCUUCCAGGAGCUUGAUCCCCAAGCCCGAGUACUGGGGAGGUUACAGGCUCACGCCGACCCGAUUCGAGUUCUGGCAGGGGCAGCCUUCUCGCCUGCACGACAGGUCUGGUUCGUGGCUCCCUUCUUGUGCUACCUUUAGAGUAUCUCUCCUCACCUGUUCUUCGAUCUGGCUGGCAGGUUGCAGUACUCUCUGAGAGAGGCAGAGGGGAAGCGGGUGUGGCAGAUCGAGAGGCUGGCCCCAUGA